AUGAAUGAGCUUAACACUUAAAAUUAAGAGCAAGAAGAAGUCUCUAAGGUGGAAUCAAUAAUAAAUUCUAAAUCUUUUUUAAAAGAUCAAUAGGAUUUAUACUUUAUUUGUGAUUAUCUCUAGGGAUUUACAUACAUCAAUAAUUAAAUUAAACAGUACUAAGGAGAUUCUAAUGUAAUUGCUUAACUUAUUCCACAUUUAAAGAUAAAAAGUAUCAAAUAAGGUGAAGCUAUUUACAGGAAAAGCUAAAAAAAUGACUAUAUUUACUUUAUCAUGAAAGGUAAAGUAAGUUCAUGGAAAAGCAAAAGUAAAGAAAGCAUUGACUAAGAGAAAAAUAUAAUCAACUAGAUUGAAAAACUUUAAAAACUGAUAGAAUUUGAAACAUAGCUUAAAUAGGAUAAAAAAAAUAAACAAGAGAACAAUAAAAAAAUACCUUAAUGGGAAAGGGAGCUGGAAUAAAUGAGAAAACAACUUAAUAUCUUAUAAAAAUAUGAUUUUAAAUUAUCUUCUAUUUUCAAAAACGAAGAUGGAAUUAACACGGCCUGCUUUGAAAAAAUAUAUAAUCGAAGAGUAGAUAUUUUUGGUUAUUCAAAUAAUCUUUACAACACCCGUCCUAUACAUACGAUGAUAGCUGAAUCAGACUGCUAAUUUUUAAUCAUAACUGGAGAGGACUUCUACAGUGUAUUCAAUAAAGAAGUUUAAAAAAUAAAAUUUCUAUUAAGAGUCCUGUAUAAUUAGUUUAGCAGUGUAGAUAAAACUAUUUUGUUGGCAUUAGCUCAGUAAUUUAAAUCAAUGUUCUAUGAUUUAAAUUAAGAAAUUUAUUCACUUAACUCUUAAACCCAUUUAGGGUCAAGCUAGCUUAAAAAAUCAUUACAUGUGAAUCACAUAGAAUAAAAUCUUAACUAAAUAGCAUUUUUCAUCAUCUAUGAUGGGACUAUUUUAGUAAAAGAAACUUAGAAUGGUUCAGAUUAUAAUAUCUUUUCGCUUAGCUAAGAGUCUAUUAUAGGAGUUGAAAAGUAUGCACCAUCAUUUGGUGAAGAUUUUGAGAAUUCAAAUAUAAGAUUUAUAAGCACAACAAAUAAGCUCUAACUACUCGGAAUAACAAAGAAAGCAAUAGAAGAAGUUUAAUAAACCCACAAUAACUAUUAAAUAGCACAAACUCUAACUGAAUUAGGAUAGCAACGCUCAAAAUUUAUUAUACAGCACCUAGAAUAAAUUAAGCAACUUUUAAAUCCUAUGCAAAUAAAUAGCUUAAAUACAGAUUUUUCUCAAUAAGAGAAAAUGUAAAAUUUAAUUUAAAACAAGAGUGAUAAAAUAAAAAAUAUUUCAAAAUAUGGGUUUGUAAAUAAUUUACAAAAUAAUAAUAACAAUUAAAAGUAAAAUUAAUAGAUAGAAAACUAAGAAACUAAUUUAAUGCUAAAAUCCUGUUAAAAAAAUUAAAAAAUGUAAAUUUAUUUUGUUCCCGAAACAGAAAACUAAAAAUCCCAAGCAUAUUUAAAAUCAAUUGUAAAUAAUAUGCUUAAAUUCAGACCAAGUAAAUAAAAAAUUAACUCAAAUAAAGAAAUUAAUUAAUCUCCUUAAUAGUUUAUUAAAUAAAAUUAAGAAACUAAUUUUAAAACUAAGAAUUUUUAAAUUAAUAAAGACUCUCCUUAUUAAAUAUCCUCCAAAUAAUAAAAAAUCUCAGAAAGUUAGGUAUAAAAUGUAGAUCAACUAAAAUCACAAUCUCUGUAUAGUAAUUAUUUUAACGAAUAAUCUACACCUAUUUCCUAGCAUGUCGAUAAAAAGGUAUUAAAAAGUAAACUUUCUAAUCAAUAAAGUUAAGAUUUAAUUAAAUUUGGUUAAGAAAUUAACAUAUAAAAAUCUCACAUAUAAUAGUAGGCUAAAAAUUUAAUAAAAGAUACAGAAAAAUCUGUUUCACCAAGAUAGUUAGAAAUUUAUAAUAUUGAAAGUUAAAAUGAUUAAGAUUAAGAUUUAAUACAACUUGACUCUAAUGGAAAUAAAAAUUAUGAGAAAUAUUAUAGAUAACUCUCAUUUGAUGAAAUUGGAGAAAGUACAAAGACUUUUCAAAAUUAAGUUCAAACUAAUUAUGAACUAAAAAAAAUACCUUACAAACAGCAAAAUAGUUAACAGUCAGAAUAUAUAGAAUUUAAAUCAGUUAAUAAUUAAAAAAGCAAUAUUAGCUUUUAGUAGAAGGUAGACCCAACAGCAACACCUUAGCAAAAAAAUAAUACUUAAAAAUAAUUUUAUUAAUAAUAGAAAAAAGAUUAAAAAGAUAGAAAUAACUAGUCUGUGAAAAUGAUGAAUAAUAGUAAAGAUAGAUCAAAUAGCUAAUAAUUACUUAAUAUAAAAGAUUUAAGGCAAUAACUAAACCUUAAUUCUUUUGAUCAUAAUAUCUCUCUUAAAAAAGCAUAGUCAACUGAAAGAAAUAAUUUUUAUAAUAAAUUAAGGCACUCUUAAGACAGCUUACUGGUUCAGGAAGAGUUUUUAGCCUAAGAAUUAAAACUGAAUGAGGACUUCGAAUUGAAAAAUGGAAAACUCAUUUAAAAAAAACCUCCUUCUUUUUCUGAUCUAAGAGAGGAUUUUAUUUCGUCAGAUAAUCCUUAUAAGUAGUGUGCCGAUAUCAUCGAAAAAUACAAGUUAAUAUCAGAAUCUAAUAAAGAAUUCAUAGAAAAAAACUGCCAAAACUAUUUUAAGCAAAUUUAAAAAUAAGUUGAUGAAUAUAAGUAAGUUCUUAUUUUGAAGAAAAAAUUUAAACACAAUCUAGAUAAAUCUAAUUAAAUCCAUAACAAAUCUAAAAUAUUUACAAGUUCGAAAUAAAAAUUUAAAAGUUAAAAUAGUUAAGCUAUAUAAACUAGCUUAUAAACACCGAUAUCUUAAUAUAGCUAUUAUGAUUCUUUAAAUAAUUCUAAUACUUCAAAAAUGAAUUAAAAUUUUUCUGCUUUUUUAAACUUAAAUAGACAAUAUUCUCCUUUAAUAUAAUCUGAAUCACCUUUAUUCCAUUCACAAUUACAAGAAUACUAAUCAAGUUUAUUUUAAUAUAAUGCAUAGAGCCAAUUAUCACAGAGUACUUAUGAAUAGUCAUAAUAAAAAUAAUUUACUAUAUAAUAGCCUUAGAAUUUUUCAUUAUCACAAAACUAAGCUUUGUAAUGCUUAAAGAUGUAAAAUUAACAAUAAACUGAUUUGUCAUCAUAAAAUAAUGUACAGUCAAGUUUUAAUGUUAGCAAAUUUUAUAAUGCUUAAGAAUAAACCACAGAAAGAUAAUCUUCUUAAAAGCAAAUUAAAAAAAUAGAAAGUAUUUUUUAGAAAUGUAGUAGAAAUAAUCAAAAUUUAAAAAAAUAAAAUAGCAAAAAUGAAGCAUCUGAAGAUUAUUCUAACAGUCCUCCAAAUAUAAUACAAAUAAAUAAUAAGUUUCAUGAUAAUAUUACUAACUUUAGUUAUCAAAGCAACAUAAAUGACUCGUCUCUUAUUAUGGUUAGAAGUUUAUAGAGUGCUAAUAAAAAAAAAAUUUCAAGACCUUAAUCUGUUUAAAUAAAUAAAUUUUUAAAAGAAAAAUAUGCUAAAGAUUAAGCUUUGAGCUUUCAUAUUCAGCAAAGUUUAGAAAAUUCUUCAUUUUUGCCUUCUAAUUCUUAUGUUAAUAUGAUGCCUAGCUUUGAACCUAAACUUUAAAUGAACUCAAUAAAUAGGCCAAAAACAGCCAACAAUUUUAAAUUGACAUAAAAUCAGCACAAGAAAAAUAGAAUUAACAUGAAUCUAAAUGGUGAUGAUGCUUCUUCAAUUUUACAAAUUAGUAGCAUAAACUAAAAUGCAAGAGGAAUAAAUAAUCUUAAUUAAAAAUAAUUUGAUGCUUAACAUAUAAACUAAUUCAAGAUAUAAUCAGUAUUUGCUAAAUGA